AUGUCGUCGGUGACUUCCCACGAAAAUCACUCCACCUACAUCGCUCAGAGACCCCAAGCCCCCCUGGUGUAUAGGCGUGUCCAGCGAGGUACCGACUCAGUGACCAUCCCCCGCUCGCAAUAUCAGCGUCUGCUCCAAGACUCACAGCAUCUCGGGAAACUGAAGGAUUCGCUCCUGAAUGGAGGGCUCUCGCAAGAGACUCUAGAUAUCUUGAUCUACGGCGUAUUGCCUAAUCCGAAUACUCCCCACAUCCACCGCGAGCCCUACCCCGAACCCUCUCCCAGCUCCGAUGAGGUCCUGGAAGUGGAACAGUGUCCCGUCAGCCACCAGGAAUGUUCCGACGUGAAGUAUCACGGUACGGAGACUUUCGAAGAAGAAGAAGAAGAAGAUGAUGAUGAUGAGGAUGAUGAAGAACUGCUGGGCUCUCAGAGUAGCGAUGAGAAGGAGGAUUAUCAGUCUUCAACGAGGAGUACAGAGUCUUCACCCGCCCCGGGAGACCAUCGUACAGUGAUGCUUCGGAAUCUUCCCGAUCGGGUCACCCAUAGAGAUAUCGUCGCGGUUGUGAGAGGCGGGGCCCUCCUCCACAUUUAUCUGCGAGCGCGAGAGCGUAUUGCAAGUGUCUCAUUCGUUGAAGACGCCGCUGCCCGGGAUUUCUUACAUCAUGCUAAGACGUACGGUCUCUACAUGGCUGGGAAGCGCGUGGAAGUGUUGUGGAACGACCGGCAAUUCUACCUUCCUCCGUAUGUCAGGGUCAAGAUCAACAAUGGCGCAUCGCGGAAUAUCAUUUUAUACAACGUCCACCCCAACGUCACCGAGUGGGUCAUCCGGAAGGACCUGGAGCAUAUCCACAACUUAAUUGUGAUCACGGUCAAAUUCAGGAACAACAACGCCUACAUAUCCACCAACUCGGUGCACAACGCGCUCUUUGCACGCUCGUGUAUGAUGUCCCGCUUUAUGUACAAGGGCAUGAAGAUCGGCUUCUACUCGGACGAAUGCGCGGAGUCUUUGGCCAAAGGGCCCAAGAAAGAACUACAGGCACCGCCAAAGAAAGAGAAAGCAGCCGUAGUGCCCAAUCGCUUUGAGCUUCUGUCGCUUGAUGGGGCUGACGAGGACGAGGACCAUGAAGGGCUGAAGCUGAACAGCCAUAUGAACGACGGCCUGUGCUGGGCAGACAACAGCGUCCCCGCUUGA